AUCUCGUACUUAGUACUUGAGCGUGGAGUUUGGAGUCUGCCCUCCCUGCAGAUAAAGCGGAACAGGAGAGGCUCUGACUCGCGUUGCUCCUCUCUCCUUUUUUUUGGCCUUGUUGGAGCCCUUCAGCCACUCACUCUCGUGGUUUGAGCGAUCCAGCUGCAGGGAGAGCUCACAAUGUUCGCUGUGGUUCUGUUCCUGCUUUGUGCUGCCUCCUCUGUCUCAGCAUCUACCAAAAGUGCUGCUGCUGGACCUCGGCUACACAACAACCAGCUGUACAAAUUCAGCUACACCGCCGAGGUCCUGCUGGACAAGGCCAAGGGGUCAAAAGAGGGCGGGGCUGGCUACAAAAUCUCCUCUGAGGUCAACAUCAACCUGGUCUGGAGGGAUCCGAGCAGCAAGGAUGACCAGCUCAUUCAACUGGCUAUCUCAAACGUGAAGAUCGAGCACGUGUCUCCAAGAUCGGAGAAGAAAAACAUCCUCCAAGGAUCCACGGUUGAAAGCAUUUUGGGGAAAAGCAAACUGGCAGCUCUGACCAAACCUUUCCUGGUGCAUCUGAAAAAUGGAAAGACAAAAGCGUUUUACUCUUACUGGACAGAACCUGCAGUUAUCAAGAACCUAAAAAGAGGACUGGCUAGUUUGUUGCAAUUUCAGCUCCAAACUGGGAAGGUUGUGGAGAAUGACAUUUCUGGAAGAUGUACUGUCCAGUACCAGGCAGCUAAAGAUCAAAUAACAAGAACCAAGAUCCUGGACACAUGCCAGACUUCAGAAUCUGGAUUUACUACACAUAGUAAGGUGCUGGGUGUGGGCAGGAAGUCCAGCUCUGUUACAGUGUUCACUCUUGAAGACGGUUUCAUCCGCUCAGCCGUGGCUGAAGAAACUCACUCGCUGGCCGUCAAUGCGCGCAGAUCCACUGCAGCCAAAGUUGUGUCCAGGCAAAUCCUCAUCAAGACGGGGAAGGAGGCCGGCCCACUGGAGGUUGCUGGGAAAGAUGUUGCCGGCGUUGUCAAGUCAAUUGAUGGCAAACUCGCUGCUGUUGGCGUUGUGGCAGAGAAAGUCAAAUCGAAGUGCAAAGGCUGUCCAACGCUUUUUGAGCAUUGGCAGGCCGAACAGAAGCAGCUGGAGCCAGCGAGCCUGUCCAAAGCGUCGGCUCCUCGCAGCUUCCUGGCCCUCAUCCAGAGCAUUAGGAAGGCGUCCAAGGACGAGAUCCUUAAAGUGCUGAAGAGUGCCAGCAAGACUUCUCUACCCCAGGUGGUCGACGCCGUGACCUCCUCCCAAACUCCGGAGUCUCUGGAUGCCAUGAUUGAGUUUCUGAACUUCACCGACGCAAAGGGCCUGGUCCUGCAGGAGAGGUUUCUUUAUGCGUGCGGCUUCGCCUCCCAUCCCAAUGAGAGGAUGCUUCAAGCUCUGCUGGAUAUUUCCAAAGGAAAGAUUGCCAGUGUAGAGAUCAAAGAAUCAAUUGUGAUCAUUAUGGGAGCUCUGGUCCAUAAGCUUUGUCUGAAAGGAGGCUGCAACCUACCGACGGUGGUGCAGGUGAAGAAAAUGAUCUUAGGAGGGCCGGACAGCACAAAGGUGGAGUCUGAGGUCCAGGUUUACCUUCUGGCCCUGAAGAAUUCCCUGCUGCCUGAAGCCAUUCCCAUUUUCACCAAAUAUGCAGAGUCAGAGGUGGGAUCUUACAACACCAUCGCUCUGACAGCCCUGCAGAGAUACGACGUCAGCCUCAUGACCAGCGAGGUCAAGAGGACAGUCAACCGAAUUUACCACCAGACUCACCGGAUCUAUGAGAAAAACGUGAGAGUCGCAGCUGCUGAUGUCAUCCUCAGCAGCAACCCUUCCUACAUGGAGGUGAAGAACCUGCUCCUGUCCAUCGGAAACCUGCCUCAUGAAAUGAACAAAUACAUGCUGUCAAAGAUCCAGGACAACCUUCGCUUCCAACUUCCUGCAAGCAAGGUUAUACAAGAAGCUCUGAAGGACACAGUUUCCCAUAACUAUGACCGCUUUUCUAAAGUUGGGUCGUCUUCUGCAUUUUCAGGAUUCAUGGCACAAUCAGCCGACUUAACCUCCACGUACAGUUUGGACAUCCUGUAUUCGGGCUCUGGCAUUCUGAGAAGAAGCAACAUGAAUAUUUAUGGUGCUAGUAAAGACGCAAUGCUUCAUGGAUUGCAGGUGGCGAUUGAGGCCCAGGGUCUGGAGUCCCUCAUUGCUGCGACGCCUGAUGAAGGAGAGGAAGACCUGGAGUCGUUUGCUGGGAUGUCAGCUCUGCUGUUUGACGUUCAGCUGCGCCCCGUCACUUUCUUCAAGGGUUACAGCGACCUCAUGGCCAAAAUGUUCUCCAUGACCGGAGAUCCCAUGAACGUGGUGAAGGGACUCAUCCUGCUGACGGAUCACUCUGAGGUACUUCAGUUGCAGUCUGGCCUGAAGGCCAAUGCAGAGUUCCAAGGAGGGUUAGCCAUUGACAUUUCUGGAGGGAUGGAGAUAAGCCUGUGGUACAGAGAGUCUAAGACAAGCGUCAACAACAGGGGCGCGUUAGUGGUUACUGGCAAUGUGACUGUAGACAUGGACUUCUUGAGGGCAGGUGUGGAGGUCAGCUUUGAAACGGAGGCCUCGCUGGACUUCAUCACCACCGUCCAGUUCUCGGAAUACCCUUUCCUCGUCUGCAUGCAGAUGGACAAGGCUACCUUCCCUGUCAGGGAAUAUCUUACCAAGUACGAGCACAUGUCCUCAGGAAAGAGUUCUCUGCUGCGAAAGCAGAGGAAGCUGGUUGUCUCUGGCUCUGAGUUCCCUCUGCAUCAGGAAAACUCAAACAUGUGCAAGAGGGUUUUUGACUCCAGCUGGUAGAGAGCAGAUCAUGGACUAUUGCUACCAAAUGGUUUAUUACAUUCAGGGACUAAAGCAAAACAUUCACUUUCUUUUUUUUUUGCUCAAACAGUAAAAAUAUACCAAUUAAAAGUGGUAAAUAUCUUCUUAUAGGUGACACACGCAAUGUUUACAUUCAGGCAAGUAUUUAAGUCAUUUCAACUCUACAUUUUUGGCCUUGACUUUUUAUUGAUUCCUGUAAAAAUGUAUUUAUAAAAGGGCACAGACAGGAUGUAUAUUUUGAUGUGUAAUAUUGGACAUGAACAGCAUCACUGCGAUUAGUUUUAGCGAGGUUACAGCAAAAACGGGUUUCUUAAAUGUCACACUAAAGUUGUAAUGAUCUGCCUCCAUGCCUUUGGUUUCAACUGUUUUAAAAAGAGGGAACAGUAUUAAGUCACUGUUUAUGCUUCAUAUGUGCCUCAGAAAUCACUAAAAUCUGUUUUAUGAUGUAUAAUUUUUUUUAAUCUUGUUUUUUUUUAUUGGAUUGAACAGUAUUUGGGUGGAUGUUGUUUUAACUUUAUUCAAGAUGUGAAAAGGAAACUUGAAUCCAAAAAAGUAAAAUCUAUGAUUUAGCUUUGCUUUUCAGAUAGCCAUAAUUGCUCUUUGUCUUAAGAUAUUUUGAAGUAAAUUACUUUUUGUUUCCCUAUUUUUAAGAUUUAUUUUAUAUUUAUCCUCACCUCACAAUAAAUGUGCCCUGGAAACUUG